AUGGUAUUUAAUCAAAGGGAUGCAGAUCUCAUUCUAAAAAUUCAUAUCCCAAGACAACAUAUUCAAGACAGGACCAUUUGGGGUCCAGAAGUUGAUGGGAAGUUCUCGCUCAAGAGCUGUUAUAAAGCUGUCUGUGGAGAACUUAGAGAGGAGGAUUCUCGGGAAUGGAGUAAGAUUUGGCAAGCAAGAAUCCCUCCUAAGGUGAAGUCAUUCAUGUGGCAAACAUGUUCUAAGUGCCUCCCUACAAAGGAUCUACUGAGAUUGAAAAAGGUUUACUGCGAUGAAAAAUGUCUUCCCUGUUCACAUGGUUCCAUAAAUAACUUCAUAGAAUGGAUCAACUACAUGAUAUCAUCUUUGAACAAAGACCAAAUUGGCAAUCUAUUCAUGGUUUGCUGGAAUUUAUGGAACUUGAGGAACAAUAUUCAUUGGAAUAACCAAUCCCUGGAGUCAGCAAGGAUCACCGUGCGUAGAGCACAAAACGUUUACUUUGACUGGUUUGAGGCAAAUAAGAACAAGCAAGAAGGAAUGAAGAAUGCAAUUGAUACGCAACAUGCCAAGUUAGGAUUCGGCUGGGUCUUGAGGGACGAACAAGGUCACUUUAUAGCAGCCAAAGGAUUGAAGUGGAGAGGGUCAUAUAGCUCCAAGGAAGCAGAAGCAGUAUCCAUUAGAGAAUCGCUUACUUGGUUGAAGUCUCAUGCUUUUGACAAGAUUAUUGUGGAGACGGACUCUUUACCGGUGGUACAAGGGCUCAAAUCUACAGGGUUUUCUCGAGGAUGGAUUCGUGAUCAGCCUAUGUAUUCUGUUGUUGUUGCUGCUUGCAUGGUACAUGAUGUACUGGUGAUAUAUGAUGAAUUCUUGGCAUCUGCACUGGAUUUUGAGAUAUGGGUAGAAGCUAAUAAGGUUUAG